UGCUUUUAUUUUUUAAUUUGGCCUUUUUCAUCAAAUGAAGAAGAAAUGUUGUUUGUAAAUAUUGGCAGUCCCUACCAAUUUGUUUUUGAUAGAAGACUAAACUUGAAGUUUGUAUUUUUGUUAAUUCUCGUUCCUUGUAUUUUUGGCAAACAAGAACAAAGUGUGAUAAAGAAGGCUGAACAACUUUCACGUGCUCUUAGAAGCAUUUUUGAGGAUGGAACAAAAUAUGAGGAAAUUUCUAAAGCAUAUUCGGACCUUACAGACGCGGAUGUUUUUAAUCCGGAAGAGGAAUUGAAGACAAUAAAGGAGGAAAUUGAACAAUAUUUAAAGGAACGGGCAGCAAUCGCUUGGAAUGCCAAAAUUAGUUUGGAACAACGCCCAUUAAAUUUUGAUGAAGGAAAAAAUGGGGAAAAUGAAACUAAAUUAGAAGAUUUGAAUGACCCAAAUAAACAUUCUUUUGUUCGAUAUUUGAAUGUGAAGAAGAUGAAUGAUGGCUCGACGCUUUAUAAAAAUAAUUUUGGAGGGUCUUAUGAGGUAAACGGUAGUCGUCAAGUUCGUCUCCGCCCCAAUCCAAAUUUUUACGGUUUACCAACAAGUUCAGAAUCUUCAGCUGUUCAUGUACCCACACCUAUAUAUAAUAGAGAUCCAGAAUUGCUUCAACGUAUUCGUUGGUCAGAUAUAGACCAACAAUAUCGCCGUAAUAGAGAGCAAUUAAAAGAUUUAAAUUUUCAGAAGUUCUGCUCAGAUUCUGGAUUUAUGCGUUUCUUUCCCAGUGCCCCAUGGCUGUGGGAGGAUAGACAAUCAGAAUUGGACCUGUUUGAUUGUAGAAACACAGAAUGGUAUGUUGAAGCAGCUACAAUUCCAAGAAAUUUAAUUAUUCUUUUGGACACUUCUGGUUCAAUGCUUGGCCAACGUUUUGAAAUUGCUAGACAAACAAUUGAAUCGAUACUUAGUACAUUGUCAGACAGCGACUUUUUUAAUAUAAUUCAGUUUUCAAAAACAACCACUUUAAUGGAGCAAUGUGGAGACCGUGAACUUGUUCAAGCCUCUUUACGCAACAAAAAAGUGCUUCUUUCUAGGCUUAACAAUAUAAGUUCUGAAGGGAAGGCAGACUACGAGAAUGCUUUGCACAAAGCUUUUGUUGCCUUAAUGAACAUUCACAAAUUUAUGGGAAAUCAACACCAAAUGGGUUGUCAAGAUGUGAUUAUUCUUAUAACUGAUGGAGCGCCAGGAUUUUUUAAAGAAAUAUUUGAGCUUUAUAACAAGGAUAAAAGGAUUCGCUUCUUCUCUUUUGUAGUUGGUGAAGAAGCAAAAGAUUUUGAACAAGUUAGGUGGAUGGCUUGCUCAAAUCGGGGGUUUAUGGCACAUAUUGUUUCUAUGGCAGAUGUUCAAGAGAAAGUCCAACAAUAUGUUCGAGUUUUGUCAAAAACUGUGGCUCGUCAAAGAGCUGCGUUUAGUGAAAAUACACCCCUUUGGAGUGGCGCUACAAGGGAAAGAAUGAGUGAACAAUUAGCAGUUUCUGUCUCCUUCCCAGUUAUUCUACCAAAUGGACAAUUUAUGGGUGUUACUUCAGUUUCCGUCCCUUUAUUAGAAUUAACUCAGUUGGCACAUCCAAUUCGUGUUGGUGGAAAAAGUCAUUUUAUUUUGUUGGAUUCGAAUGGUUAUUUACUUUUUCAUCCACAAUUGAGACCUUUGGAAUCUUCUACUGGCGAACUUAAAUCUGGAUUUAACAGCGUAGAAUUUGCUGAUGCCGAAAUACAAAAACCUUUUUUGGCUAAUCGUGUGUCUAUUGAUUGUUCUACUGGGGCUGUUGAACCUAGAAAACUUGAAACUCUUUUUGCUUUUGAUGAAAUGAAACACAUAUACCCUCAAAACAAUCAUUACCACGUUGUUUGUAUUUCUGGAACUCCUUAUACCCUUUUAUUGGCUCUUCCAAAAGAUGACGUUCAAAGAUUGCGGAGAACAAUUCCUUUAAAUUUGUCUUUGUUUCAAUUGAAUUGGUUAAAAGGGAAUGAUUGGCGGUUACAAAAAGAUUGGAAAUAUUGUUUACUUAAUGAUAGUGAUUGGGCUAUUAGUGAAGAAGAUGCCUUUACUGAAUAUAUUAAACAAAUGCAAGAAAAAUUAUGCAAACCUCGUCAAAAAUUAGUUGAAAGGGCCUUGCUGGAUUUACAAGCAUCUACUGGAUUUUCUCAACUUUGGAAUAGGGAAUGGGAAAGGAAUAAAAAGAAUGGAAUUCAUUUGGCUUUCUUUGUGGGUACUUCAGGUGUUGUUCGCUUUAAAAAUGAAAGUUUGGAUCGUUUUCUUUAUGAUUUUGUGGAAAAUGACAAUCCGGAAAAUUCAGUACCCUCACUUUACCGUCACUUUUUGCUUGAUUUAAAUCCAAAUGCUGCAGAAUCUGAUUUUUUCCGAAGAGCAACAAGGCAACCUGAAGGACAAAUAAUAUUUGAUUUGAAUAGAAAAACUCGUCUUAGGCAUAAUAAAAAUGGAAGAAAAACAGCUUAUGGUCAUGCUGAAAAAGAUGCUAUAUUAGCUUUGGCAUAUAAAGCAAUUAAAGUAGAUGGGGCAUUAGCUGGAGUUGUUGGAAUUGAGUUUUUAUAUGAUUCUUUACUCUCUCAAAUGAGACAUAUUGGAUGUUUAUCAGAUAAUAAAAAGGGCGAAGAAGAAGAAGAAAAUUCUCGUUGUUAUUUAUUAGACGAAAAUGGUUUUGUUAUUUUCUCAAGUUCAAAAAACACGAAAUAUUCUAAUUUUGUUGAAACAAAUAUUUUAAUACCAGAAAAAUUGAAAAUGAUGGGGGCAAAUAAUUUAAAUAUAAAUUUUAAUAAUCAAAAAAGAAGACAAAAAGGAGGAGGCAAUUCUUCAUUAUUUGGUCAAAGAGGAAUUUGGGCACAACAAAAAAUAUUAAAACAACAAAAAUUGGAAAUUGAACAAAAUUUGGAAUUGGGAAAAUUUUUUGGACAAUUAAAUAGAGUUGCUGAAUGGACAAUGGAAUUGUUGAUACGUAGAGGGUUUUAUAAAAGGGAUUAUUUUACCGAUGCUCAAGCAAUUUGUGAUCCCCCUAAUGAUGACUUUCAAUCACAACAAUAUUCAAUUAAUAAUCCAACAAUAACACCUUCCACCACAACAAAUACUAUAAGUAUUACUUCUGCUGCUUCAACUAGUCAUUCUUUCAAAAUAUUUCCAACAUUUUUAUCAUUUUCAACUUCAUUAAUUCAAUUUAUUAAACAAUUUGUUUCAAUUAUUGCAAUUUUGCUCAUUCCAAAUGAAUUGCUAUCAGCUUCUUUUAUUCCAAUUAAUACCUUCUCUAGUCUUUUAAAAAUAACUGAUGGACGUUUCCAAUGUAGAAUGCAUUCAUCUUUUUAUUUGGGGCAGACAAAUGUUAGUAGUGAUGGGGUAAAUGGUGCUUUGUUGGAAAGUGAUUCUUAUGAAAGACCAUGCUCACAAAAUGCUGCCCAAUGUGCUGUUCGUGUAUUUGCUUCAUGGGUUCCCCAUACUAAUUUACUUUUAGUAAUAAUUCGACAAGAUUCUCAUUCUCAAUGUUUUUCUCAAGAUUCAUUUAGUCAUUGUCCAUUAUCCCAACCUCCAUCAAUUCCUUUUGGAUUUUCACAAAAUCUUCCAAUUUCUACUCAAGAUUCUUCUUCAGAACAACAACAACAACAAUCAAAUAAUCAAAAUGUAGAAUGUAUAGUUUCACAACCACAAGAAAGGAAUAAACCAAUUCAAUGUCUUAGAGAUGAUUUUUUGGAGGUUUUUAUUUUAAAUUUAGCGUAA